GACUUUAUUGAAAGACAAGCCAAGAACCACUGGACCACCAGAGCCGCAUAGUAUGGAACCUGCUAUCGAGAUAAACAUCUAAACAGAUACUCCUGUCCAAACUAGGGGGCGAAGGGCUUGGAAAGUAGAAAAUGCUAGGUCUGAGCGAAGCGAGAGGAGAGAACAAGGCCAGCAACACACAGAGCUCUGUGUAUUCAGAGGGAAGUUGGCAGGGUUGUGCCCGGGCAGAGAAACUCCGAGUGGUACAAAGGGACGUGCCCGGAGUGGAGAAAUCAUGCUAAUUGUCUGCACCAGAGCUGGAGAACGCCACCCAAAAUGAAGAGAGAAAGGGGAGCCCUGUCAAGAGCCUCCAGGGCUCUGCGCCUCUCUCCUUUUGUCUACCUGCUUCUCAUCCAGCCAGUCCCCCUGGAGGGGGUGAACAUCACCAGCCCAGUACGUCUGAUCCACGGCACAGUGGGGAAGUCGGCCCUGCUUUCCGUGCAGUACAGUAGCACCAGCAGCGACAAGCCCGUGGUGAAGUGGCAGCUGAAGCGUGACAAGCCAGUGACCGUGGUGCAGUCUAUAGGCACAGAGGUCAUUGGCACUCUGCGGCCUGACUAUCGAGACCGUAUCCGGCUCUUUGAAAAUGGCUCCUUGCUUCUCAGCGACCUGCAGCUGGCAGAUGAGGGAACCUAUGAAGUGGAGAUUUCCAUCACUGAUGAUACCUUCACCGGGGAGAAGACCAUCAACCUCACCGUGGAUGUGCCUAUUUCAAGGCCACAGGUGUUGGUUGCUUCAACCACUGUGCUGGAGCUCAGUGAGGCCUUCACCCUCAACUGCUCCCAUGAGAAUGGCACCAAGCCUAGCUACACGUGGCUGAAAGAUGGCAAACCCCUCCUCAAUGACUCCCGAAUGCUCCUGUCCCCUGACCAAAAGGUGCUCACCAUCACCCGAGUACUCAUGGAAGAUGAUGACCUGUACAGCUGUGUGGUGGAGAACCCGAUCAGCCAGGUCCGCAGUCUGCCUGUCAAAAUCACCGUGUAUAGAAGAAGCUCCCUCUAUAUCAUCUUGUCUACAGGAGGCAUCUUCCUCCUUGUGACCCUGGUGACAGUCUGUGCCUGCUGGAAGCCCUCAAAAAAGUCUAGGAAGAAGAGGAAGUUGGAGAAGCAAAACUCCUUGGAAUACAUGGAUCAGAAUGAUGACCGCCUAAAAUCAGAAGCAGAUACCCUACCCCGAAGUGGAGAACAGGAGCGGAAGAACCCAAUGGCACUCUAUAUCUUGAAGGAUAAGGAUUCCUCAGAGCCGGAUGAGAACCCUGCUACAGAGCCGCGGAGCACCACAGAACCUGGUCCUCCUGGCUACUCCGUGUCGCCGCCCGUGCCGGGCCGCUCUCCAGGGCUCCCCAUCCGCUCAGCCCGCCGUUACCCGCGCUCCCCAGCACGUUCCCCUGCCACUGGCCGGACGCACACGUCGCCACCGCGGGCCCCGAGCUCGCCCGGCCGCUCGCGCAGCUCUUCGCGCUCACUGCGGACUGCUGGUGUGCAGAGAAUCCGGGAGCAGGACGAGGCAGGGCAGGUGGAGAUCAGUGCCUGAGCCUCCUCGAGAGCCCUCUGCGGUUGCCCACGAUCUGCUGUCCGCGGCUGGGGGGAGGCUGAGAAGUCCUGAUGCCUCUGGCCAGGAGUGAGAGGAGAUCGUGGCCUGAUCCCUGUUUAGGGUGCACACGCGUGUGAGUUUGCACAAAUGGCUGAUCUUGGUGUUAAACCCGGUUGCAUGUGCGCUGGGUUUACUGGCUGUGUUCUCUGGCUAUGUUCUCAGCGGGUAUGAGCUGUGCCCUCUUAGGACUACAUAGAUUAUUAAAUUUAUGGCCCAAUCCCCUAAAGGAUUUUAUGGAAACUAACAGUAAUUUUACCCAGUGAGACGAUCCUAUGCGCCCGCUGGCAGUGUUUAUACUUCCCAUCCUCCUCCUAAUUCCACAUACUUCCGAUCCCUAAAGUCUGUGGUAGUUUUUCCCCCAGCCCAAUUUAGAGGCCACUUACCCCCGAACACACAUUGUCCUAAAACUAAAGAAAAAUCUGAUACUGGUUCCUGGGUGCACAGGGCCUGUUCUGAUCACAAAGGAGUCGUUGUCUUAAGGACCUUUUCUGGACACCUGCUUCCCCAUCUUUCCAGGUGAUAAGAGUGAACCCCAGAUGCGUUCAUAAGACCCUGGGAACUUGGGGCUAGGCCAGGACAAACUAUCAGGCUCCCAGUGCUUGGUGGCCUCCAAUGGCCUCCCCAAAAGUGUGCCGUACUGGUCUUUAUUCCUGUCUGUGUUCAUGAGAAUGUGGGUGAGCUUGUUCCUAGACGACCCAGCAAGCUGCCCCUGACAAGGAUCUGGUUUUAACCAUUCAUGCUCUUCUUCCUGACUGUUGUUUUACAAAACAAGCUUUCAAUCAUCCCCAGGAAGGUUGAGAAGCUUCCUGGAGCUGUAAGAAAAAUAUGAUUCCACUUUCCAGAGAAAGAGGAAGAAGCUUAACAUGCCCCAACAUGUCAAAGCAAGGAUGGCCAACCCCCCUCGCCUCCUGCUUUCCACCUGCCUCCAUCCUAGAUGCUCAGAACCCAGGACAGUGAACAAUGCCAGUUCCCUAAUAUGUACUAAAGUCAGAAGACAAAGGGGCCGGGCCACUCCCAAGCCACUACCACUUGGGGCAUUUUGAAAAAAAGAAAAUAGUGUACUUGUAAAAACAGUACAUGACUAGAUGAAAGACAAGAAGGCCCCGGGCGUUCCGGCCUCUCUUCCCCAAUUCCCCCAGGAACCCUUGCAUCUCUUGUCCCUCCUCAAUUCAUACAACUUCAUCUUUACUUCUGCAUCAUCUCAUGAACAACUUCCAAGGCCCGGUAUCCAUCACCUCCACACCAGAACGCACUUCACCCCGGCCCUGCAGGCACCAAGAUUUCUGGUUUGCCUGUGUCCCCUCACCCCACCAGCAUGACUCUCAGUUCCCCUAUCCUUCCACCUGCUCACGUGGCAGGUGUGUCUGCAGCUCUCCUUACUUAGCCAGAACCCACAAUCCACUAACCUCCCCAGGUGCCUCAUCCACCAUAAAAUAGCGCUUGUAGGCGAUAGUGCAGGCAGGUUAGGAGAUGCAAGACUUGGAGGACUACCUGUUGCUCAGCCUUGAGAUACAGGGGUGAGGGAUGUAGUGAGAUGAGAGCAUGCCACACCCUGGUGCUGAAUCCCUGCCGGGCUGGCUUCCCAGACUCAAGCCAAAUUUGCCUUAAAUUGGGGGUAAAUAAAGAAGUGGGGUUUUUUUGUUUUUGUUUUUUGUUUUUUAAUUUUGUUUUGCUUUGUUUUGAUCUUCAUCUUUGUAUUCA